AUGGAAGACGACGAUCAUGAUGAACUACUACAAUGCACAGAUGAUGAAUCUCUGUCAGAGACAGAAGAUCAAUGUCUUCCUAUGGACAAACCUGAAGAAAAUUAUACUCAAAAUUUGUCAUAUUUCAGCCACACAAAAAUUGAAUUUUUAACAACAAAAUUAACUUUAAUUUUUUCAACAACUGUAAUGUUAGUUCUUCUACCACUAUACAUUGAUUCUAUAAAUGUUAAAGGCAAUGUUUAUUCAUUAAUUUUAACCAAUACUGUUAUUUCCACUGUAAUAUUUGUUAUAACCAUGGUAAUUGCUAAAUUUUUUUGUGAAAAAUACAGGAAUGUUAAAGUUUUAAACUUUCCAAUUAAAUUUUGGAAAUUACUGCAGUUGUCUGGUGUUUACUUUUUGUGUGGAUUUAUGAUAAUUUAUGCAUUAGAUAGAAAAAGAGUUGUUUGUCAUUUACAAGAUCCCAUAAAAGGCAUAGUACUGGUUUUCUCUCUCUUGUACUACUUUUUCUUCUGCAGAAAAUUAAUGGGUCUACAGAGAAUAUUUUCAGCUACAACAAUAGUAGUGGGUAUAUUUAUAACGGUAGAUUAUGGAUUGUGUGAUGAAUUUCGUUGCAGAGGAUAUGAACGAGAAAAGAUUUCUGAAGAUACUGGGGCCUGGAGUGGUCAGACCCAUGCAAUUUGGACAACUAUUUAUAUUGCUGGUUUGGCUGUAUUUGCAGCUUAUUUUACAUUAUUGGAUCGUUAUAUUUUAGCUAAUAAUGAUCAGGAUAUUCAAAACAUUACGAUUCCAUCAACAUUUCUGAGUACCGUUUCAAGAUCUGUAUCUUUUCCACAUAAUAGCAGUAUGCCACCACCACAGUUUAUUGGUAAUAGUCCAAAUUGUACCACACAUCUAACUAAAAAGCAGUCUGUGGUUCAUCUGGCUAUGUGGAUACAUCUUUUUGGAAUUGUUUUCAUAUUAGCCAUGUUCUGGACAGAUUUUUUUCCAGAGGUUGGAAAAGGAGAAAAUGCCAGUGACUUUUGGAACCAUACCAUCAGUGGUAUUGCUUGCCAUUUCCAGAAACCAUUACCUCCCAACAUGGGACAAUUCCCGUGUGGUAACGUAUUUAUAUUCUCAUGGUUGUUCAUGUGUUCCUAUGUAUUGUUCGUAGUGAUGUCUAUUAAAUUUUUGAUAUUAACUCAGUCUGCAGUUUAUACUAUUGCUUCUAUGUCGACGUCACUACCUCUAGUUGGAAUUUGGUGGUCGCUUUUCCAUGUCUCGCCACAUACCAUUGGUCUUUUAGUUUGGUCUCCUUCGAUUACUGGUGAACUAAUUUGUGGACUUUUGGGAUUGCCUAUUAUCCUCGUUGGGCUCUUCUUACUAUACAAAGCUCAUUUGAAGGAUUACCAAUUUUCAAGACAUAACAGCCGAUAUGUAGAUUCUACAACCCUUGUACGACUAGCUAGCGAAAAUUCCAAGCAAUAA